ACAAAGCAGCAAGCAGGGCAGGUUUUGCGAAGCAAAGCCCACGAGCACAGGAUGAGGAUGCGUGCGCGGGCGGCAUCGGCAUCUGCGUCGGCGGCUGUGGUGGUGCUGCUCCUGCUCCUGCUACUGGUGGGCGUCUGCGCGGGCGCCGUGUACAAGGUAGGCGACCUGGACGCCUGGGGCGUGCCGCCGCCGUCCAAGCCCGACGUCUACAAGCGCUGGGCCAAGUCCAUCCACUUCGCGCUCGGCGACUCCAUCUGGUUCCUGUACCCGCCGAGCCAGGACUCGGUGCUGCAGCUGGCGCCGGCGGCCUUCGCGUCCUGCGACCUGUCGCGCCCCGUGGCCAGGCUCGCCGACGGCAACUCCUUAUUCAACCUCACCGCGCCCGGCCGCGCCUACUACGCCAGCGGCGCGCCGGGUCACUGCCGCAGGGGCCAGAAGCUCUGGGUCGACGUGCCCUUGCCCAACGGCACCUACCUCCAGCCCUCCGCCACCGACCUCGCCGCGCUCGCGCCCACCCCCGCCGCCGACCCGCCCGCCGGGUUCGCGUCCGCUGCCGCCGCCGCGCCACAGGGGGGCAACGCCUCGCCCGCGCCCCGCGCCGCCGCCGCCGCUGGAUCCGUCGUCGCACUCUCCUUCGCGCUCCAGAUCCUCCUCCUCUGACUGUGCGGUACAGUAGCUGAUUAGCUACCUCUAUCUCGCUAGUUUUGAGAUCUCCAUUUUUUGUGUGUGCUGUGGAACGAGAGUGAGAACAGUUCUUUCUUGGCUGAAAAUUGAAUUGAAUGCAUGAUCGGAGGGAGAUUGGAUCUCCAUUUGCUUUC